AAUCAAGCAGCUCAGGUCCGGAAGUUGGGAGGAAAAAAACGAAAAAGAUCAAAACAAAAAUAUGAGACGAGUACAGGAUAUCAUGAUGGGUCCUUAAGACAAUUUCAACAUGAAGAAGUAAAUACCACUUGAAAUGUUUAAGAAGAAUUAAUUGGUUUUUAGCAUUGUGUUGAAAUAAACACUAAACAAUCAUACAAUGGAUAGAAAUAUUGUGAAAUACCUAGUGUAGUUUGGUUAUCAGAAGAAAAAUGGAAAAAGGUGUAAGCGAAAAUGGAAAUGGAGGAAAAAAUGGCGGGCCUAAAUGUAACCAUGGCAAUGGACUGAGUGAUCUGAAAUCGUCGUGGAAACAAUUUGAUAAUGUUGGUUCCAAACUUCUAGUGCAGUUGUGUGGUUCCUUAGCUGGAAGCCAGUAUGAUAUUGUUACUAAAGAGAUAGUUGCCUUGCUGGGUCCUAUGUUUGCCUGUGGGGAAUCUGAGCUGGUUCUCGGACGAUUAAAGGAAAUUGAGAGCUUAAUGACAGGGAACCCGGAAAAAGGGGAGAUCAGGAAUUCUGGGGAUAAUUCUGAAGACAAUCUACAGAUGACCUUGAGAUGUUUGCUGCUCUUCAUGAAGUUGCAGGCGGAGUAUCAUCAGUUGUGCUCAGAUCUUGUGUCGUCUGCCAUCGACCAUUUGACAAUCACUUGUGAAGAUCAGGAAAAUUCUGAACUGUUGCAGCAAAUUCAGUCAUUAAAACUGAAAAAUAUGUCUGCCCCUCUGCCGUCCCCUGUGCGACAUGCAGCGUUAACUAGAAAAAUGUCUGGGUCAGGGAGCAGCUCACCUAAACAUCAUAAACAUGGCUUGAAAGCUUCGCUGUUUUCACUAUUCGAGAGGAAAAAUUCACCAGAGGAAGGGAAAAGUUCUUUUUAUGUGGACAUUGAUCAAAAGAAAAGUGAAGAAGAUACUGUGUGUUCUAGCCAAUCAGAAAAUAUCUCAGAUGGUCAUGUGACACAGAAUAGCCAAUCAGAUGUUCUGGUAGAUCUUGGGCUGGACCCAAGUCCGUCAGACAAAAUGUUGAAAGAGGGUAUUUCACCAACAGUAGGGAAUUCAGUACUCGCACCCAAUGGUCAGGUUGCAACUCAAGAAGAACUUGACAGUGUGAUCAACCUGCUAUCAGGAGCCGGACUUGGUAGAGGAACUAUGCAGACUAUACCAGAGACCAGAAACCCUGUGAACCUUCAAGUGCCUCAAGCGCAGCCUGGUGCUGCACUUAGUCCUUCAACCUCAGACUCUUUGGAUGAGCGGAUGGCCCCAGUUCGUAAUAAAUCUCAAAGAAGAUCUGAGGGUUCCAUUGACUUUUCAGGGUUUAUAAAUACAGGGCAUAAUACUUGGCCACAUCAGCAUAGAGCCAGCUUACCUGGUGGACAGUUAGGGGCACCUCCGCAGAUUACGUAUGAUUUUGCCAGUACUCCUGUACAACAACAACAACAGAACUAUUGUCCUGGUUAUCGCCCUACCACACUGCCCCCUGGUGGUGCCGGUCACUUCCAGACAGCAUAUGGUAUGGGAUUUCCAGACCCCAAACUAAAUCGAACAUGGCCAGUUAAUAAUUUAGCAGGAUCUGGGUCUGUGAUGGACACCAUUAAUAGUAGCUGGUCAGGGGGUCAAGAUUCUGAUGACCUCAGUGAUGACUCAUCAUGCGGGGAACAGUUUCACACAAUGUCAAGGUUACAGUACACAGAACCAAGAAGAGAUUUAUUUGAGGACGCUGAUGGGCAUUAUGUGAAGGACGACAGAACUGGAGAAGUUAAACAUCAUAGUCUAGAAGAUUUAUUGGAUGGUCGUUCAAAUACUUGGCCACAACAGUUACAGCAGCCCUGGUCGCAGUCACAUUUAGGGGCAGAGCUUAUGGGGCCACAUGAUCAGACGGCAUACCAUCGUCCAAUCAGCAUGCAAAUGAGUGAUCCAUUGUCUCGAAGAAAUAUUUGGCAAAACACUGGUCAGGAGUUUCCACUGCAACCUUCACAGUCACAGAGUGUACAUGGAGGGCUGGGACCUAUGUAAACAUACCUGUAUUGAAGAGGUUUCCAGUAUCAACAGUCAGCAUAACAGUUUAUUUAUUAUUGAAGCUGCCAAAUAUGUUUUUUAGUGGAGCAUUACUGUUAAAGGGAAUUUCCUUGUUAGCUCGACUAUUCGAAGAAUAGUCUAGCUAUUCUACUCACCCUGGCGUCGGCGUCGGCGUCGGCGUCGGCGUCACACCUUGGUUAAGUUUUUGCAUGCAAGUACAUACAGCCAUCAAUUAAAGUCAUAUAGCUUUGAAACUUAUUUUUUCUUUUUCUAGGUCAAUUACCAACCUCUCUGGGUCAAGUCCCAUAACUCUGACAUGUAUUUUGAGCAAAUUAUGCCCCCUUUUGGACUUAGAAAAUUUUGGUUAAAGUUUUACAUGCAAGUUACUAUCUCCAAAACUAAUGCAGAUAUUGAUUUGAAACUUCAAAUGUGUCUUCGGGGUUAUAAAACUAGUUGAUAGCACCAAGUCCCAUAACUCUGACUUUCAUUUUUGUCAAAUUAUGCCCCCUUUUGGACUUAGAAAAUUCUGGUUAAAGUUUUGCGUGCAAGUACAUACAGCUAUUUCUAAAAGGCAUAUAGAUUUGAAACUUAUUUUUUCUUUUUCUAGAUCAAUUACCAACCUCACUGGGUCAAGUCCCAUAACUCUGACAUGUAUUUUGAGCAAAUUAUGCCCCCUUUUAGACUUAGAAAAUUUUGGUUAAUGUUUUACAUGCAAGUUAUUAUCUCCAGAACUAAUGCAGAUAUUGAUUUGAAACUUCACAUGUGUCUUCGGGGUUAUAAAACUAGUUGAUAGCAGCAAGUCCCAUAACUCUGACCUUCAUUUUGGCCAAAUUAUGCCCCCUUUUGGACUUAGCAAAUUCUGGUUAAAGUUUUGCGUGCAAGUACAUACAGCUAUUACUAAAAGGCAUAUAGAUUUGAAACUUACUUUUUCUUUUUCUAGAUCAAUUACUAUCCUCACUGGAUCAAGUCCCAUAACUCUGACAUGUAUUUUGAGCAAAUUAUUCCCCUUUUUGGACUUAAAAAAUACUGGUUAAAGUUUUGCGUGCAAGUACAUACGGCAAUUACUAAAAGGCAUAUAGAUUUGAAACUUAUUUUUUCUUUUUCUAGAUCGAUUACCAACCUCACUGGGUCAAGUCCCAUAACUCUGGCAUGUAUUUUGGGAAAAUUAUGCCCCCUUUUGGACUUUGAAAAUUCUGGUUAAAGUUUUACAUGCGAGUUUCUAUCUCCAAAACUAAUGCAGAUAUUGAAUUGAAACUUCACAUGUGCCUUCGGGGUUAUAAAACUAGUUGAUAGCAGCAAGUCCCAUAACUGAUAUGCAUUUUGGUCAAAUUAUGCCCCCUUUUGAACUUAAAACUCUUUUGAUAUUUAACCUUUUUGGGUAAUAUUUUCCUGCUUCUGUGACAAUAUUUCGAAUAGUCGAGCUUGGCUGUCUUACGGACAGCUCUUGUUUUACUCUUGUUCUGCACUCAACUAUUGACUCAACAGUCUGUAGAUGUAUGUAGUUCUGCACUCUGAAGCUUGUUCUAUACUCAGCCAUUUACUAAAGUCUAUAUAUGUAUGUAGUUCUACACUCAAACAUUGACUCAACAGUCUGUAGAUGUAUGUAGUUCUACUCUUCAAACCUUGUUCUAUACUCAAACAUUUAUACUGCAGUCUAUAGAUGUAUGUAGUUCUACACUCUGAACCUUGUUCUAUACUCAACAACUGACAUUAUCUUUUAUAGGGGUAUCUAGUUCAACUCCAAAUCUUGUUCUACACUUAACCAUUUACACUACAGUAUAUAGAUAUGUUUAGAUCUAUUUGCCAAACCUUGCUCUACACUCAACCAUUUGACACUGCAGACUAUAGGUGUAUAUAGUUCUACUCUCCAAGUCCUAUGUGGUUCUGGUAUAACUUGUUUAUGAAACGAAUUGGAACCACUGCCUUACCCUUGCACUAUUGUAAGAAGUGACUUAUAGGGUAUGAACACAUGGUUUUGCUGUAUCUCUGGGAAUCCAUCAGGUAUAAAUGUUUUGAUUCCAUAGUCAAUAUAACCACUUAUGUGUUUGUGCACCGUAAAACACAGAUCAACUUUUUUUUUACCUUCAGAGAAAAAUAUACAUUUUCUUGGAAAAUAUUUAACAUUAGUCUGUUUUAUAAGAAUAAGAGAAUUGUGUUUUUAUGCCCCCGGCAUCUACUGAUGUGGGAGGCAUAUAGUGAUCGUCCUGUCCGUCCGUUCGUACGUCCGUACGAAGUUAACCAAAUGGGACCGUUCCGUCUAGCGUCAAUACCCCUUACUAGAAUGACUUGAUACUAAUGCAGAUGUAACCUGUGAACAUUCCUCAUCUUCAGACAUCACCUGACCUCAGUUUGACCUUGACCUCAUUUUGGACUUAGGUUGCUUUAUAUCCUUAGGACGGCCAGCACAUAUUUAUGCAAUCUCGCCAGGCAUAUGUAUGUUUUUGACAACACAGAAAAUGACGUUACUCGACCUUCAGCUAUUUCUGGAAGUAAAUAAAAUGAAAGUAGAAAUGCUAAACUUGAAAAUGAAAGCCGCAUUUUGAUUCGUAGAUAGUCAGGGGUCACCCCGUCUAAAUGUAUGCGCAUGGAUUUCUUUUUUUUUUUUUUUUUUUUUUUUUUUUUUAUUGGGGAGCCAAUUUUCAGCACUUUAUUAUGAAUUGAAAUUACCUGGGCUUUAGUACAGCAUGUCAGCUUUUAAUCUAUGAAAAUAUAUUUGAGCUCUGGAUAAACAGAAAUCCCACAGGGGUCCAUAACGGACCAAGUGUACAUUGAUAAUUUUGGAACUUCAUCAAAUCGCUCAAAAUGUCAUUUUUGAUGUUGUCUGAGAGUGUCAGUAUAUGCCUCAGAUGUAAGAUAUAACCGUAUUUGAGAGCUGCAGACCUAGACAUUUCAGAAAUAUUUUCAAAAUAAGUUUCGUGUAAUAAAUAUUAUUUCUAUGGAAGCGUGAAACGGCCAUCAGACGCUAAUACGUUUUAGUACGUUAAGGCUGCGGAAAGGAUAUAAGCCAUCUCUUGGUUAACCAAAUGUGACGAUUUCGUCUAGCAUCAAUACCGCUUACAAGAAUGAAUUGAUACUAAUACAGAUGUAACCUGUGACAAUUCCUCAUCUUCAAACAUAACCUGACCUCAGUUUGACCUUGACCUCAUUUUGGACUUAGGUUGCUUUAUAUGGGCCUUCUCUUGGUUAACCAAAUGGGACCGUUUUGUCUAGCAUUAAUACCGCUUUCAAAAUGAAUUGGUACUAACACAGAUGAAACCUGUGACCAUUCCUCAUCUUCAAACAUCACCUGACCUCAGUUUGACCUUGACCUCGUUUUGGACUUAGGUUGCUUUGUAUAGACAAGGAUGCCACCGGGGGCAUCAAGCGUUUAUUGAACACAGCUCCUUGUUCCUUACUGUCCUUUAAAACACUGUAUGAACAAUAGAAUAAACACAACAUGAACGUGCAUAAUGAUUUUUACUUUAGCUUUGACAAUAAAAUUGUUUCAUUUAUACAUGACCAGAUUUACUCUGUACAACUCAAAACCAAACAAUUGAUAAUUAAAUCUGGUGAAAAUUUACCCAUGAUGGUCUCUGUUGAUGAGAAGGUCCUUUAAUGCUUUUAGUUAAUACAUGUGGUAUUGGAUAUAUUCAUCAUACAUAUACCUUCCGUUUUUGCUUAUUUUGUUGUUUUUAGGGUAAAAAUUCUGUUACUGCCAUUCAUUAUUCAGAAAUCCAGCUCAUUUAUUAGAAAGUAGUGGUGCCAUACAUUUCUAAUGUCUAAUAUACAAUACUGUUCUAUUGAAUAACUGAGGCUGGUUCCAUUGGCACGAUACCUUAUACUCAAGAUGACAUGAUGUAUUUGCCAUACUGUAAAAUCAUUUAAUUUCGUGGGCAUGAAAUUUCGUGGUUUUGGUCAACACGGCAAUUUCGUGGGGAUAUGAAUUCGUGGAUUUCAACUUUUGAACAUGAAUUGAAUGGGAAUUUUACUUGUUCAUUGGGAUUAAAUUUUGUGGAUUGACAACCACGAAAUCCAGAAAAAUUAGUCCCCCACGAAUAUUAAUGAUUUCACAGUAAUUGUAUCAUGGAUUGAAGUGCAAUAUUUUUCAAAGCUCACGUAUAUACAUUGUCAUUAUUGUUGGAAUUCUGAAAAAUUGUUUUUGUUUGAUUGUUUCAUAAUUAUGUAUUGGGCAAAAUGAAAAAAAGAUUUCAUAAUGUUGUUUUAUAGUAAGGAAGAUGAUAUUUGAAAACAACACCUGUUUCCAUGUUACUUUUAAGGUAGUUUUGCGUGUUUGCAAUAAAUAUUGUUUUACAAUGUAGAAUUUUAUUAAACUAUAGUUAGUUAAGUGCACAACUGUAUCCAAAAGAAAUUCAGCCAAUAUAAAAAAGGAUAUGAUCAUGUGCUUCACUUUUGUUUAUAGACAGAUUUAAAACAUCUGGUCAGUUUUCACAUUGGACUUGUAUAGGAAAACCACACUUUUGAUGACAUGUUUGCAUAAAAGAAAAGUUUCCAUAAUGUACAUUUUAAUGGAACUUUUUCAUAGAUUUACAGAUUUACCUAUCCAAAGAAAAUGAAUAGCUCAUUAUGCUUGAUUUUUCACAGUGCUGAAUAUUACUUGGGGUCCUUAACCUUAAGCCUGCUGGCUGCAAGUGAUUUUGCCUUUGCGACCAGUGCAGACCAAGAUCAGCCUGCUGAUCUUGGUCUACACUGUUCCCUGUUCAGUCAGUUAAUUUUCAGUGAACGCCCCUUUGAAUAAUAAAUGGUACUGGUCAAAUUGAAUGAUGGACCAGCCCAUUUUAGAAAUUCAGCAGGUUAAAUUGCUGUUUAUUUUAUGUUGUUAUUUUGAAUUAUUUUACAUCAAAUCAUACCUAUUGUCAAAAUUUACCUUAAAGGAGACAGUAGCACAGACUAACACUUAAAACAUGGGAUAUAAAAGUUUUCUAGAUGAAUGACAUUACGCCAUCUUUGCUGUUUAAUGAGACAUGCAGAACUACCUUGAAAGACGAGGUUUCUGGACAAAAGUCAGAUCAUGAGUUUUCUUGUCAUAUCCCCAGGUUUACUAAUAUUACAUGAACAAGUUAUUGAUGUUAAUACGAGAGGUGUUCAACUUAUGCUUGAGCACUUUCAAAUUUAAAUCUCUGAGAGGCAUGCACAAUAAAUUUGAAAUUUAUAGAUUGCAUCUUCUAGAUACAUUCUCUUUGAUUCAAAAUGUUUUAAUUUGGUAAGCAGAAAACUAUACGACAAACUAGAAAGCAUAAUUCUGUAGCUUUUGAAUACUAUCUCUUAUAUAUAAGAGAGUCUUGGUUCAAGGCAAUACUAAGAUUCAAAUUUUUAACAGAUGAACGAAAGUAAACUUCAUUUUUUAACUGGACCAGUUAACUAUUUGUAUAACUUGGCUGUCUAGAUUGAAGUUUUGCAGAAUGAUUAAUGAAUGUAACAUAUAGCAAAUCCCUUGUAAUACUAAAAUACAGCUCUUUGAACAUACAGUCAAACUUGUUUUAGGAGACAAAGUUUGUUAAGAGACCACUUGCAAUAAGAGACCACUUUUUCAGUUUCUUCUUGUAUUGUUAAAGAACAAAUUGAUAUGUUAUACCUGUAUUGAGAGACCAUUUGUGUUAAGAAACCACUUUUUGCCAUUCCCUUGGGUGGUCUUUAAGUACAAGUUGUACUCUAUACAUGUAUGUAUACUUGUGUGAUGUUCAAAUACAAGUUUAUAUAAUUUUUGUUGUAGAAAAGUGGAAAGGUACUUUAAACUUGUAAGCUCAUCCAUUUAUAAAGGACAUAAUUAACAAGUGAGAUUUGUCUGUCAGGUAUCAGAUUUCUAUACUGUGUUGGUGCGCCGUAAAACCCAAAUAAGUAAAUAGGUAUCAGAUUUGCCAUGAUUUAUAUCUUUUGUUUGACGAAAUAGAUUUGCAUAAUUAACAGUCUUUAAUGCUAAAUCUUAUAUUCUUCCCAUAUUGUAGAAAAAAACUUAGGAUUUAGUAAUGAGAUUACAUUUUAUUGCUCAUUUUAUGCACUUUUUUUUUUUUUUUGCUUGUUGGUAUACCUGACGAGUUAUUUGUAAAGAUUCAUCAAAUCAGUUGCCUUACAAAUUGCAUUCUGCAUUCAACAACAUUCAUCUAACUUCAAGGAAUUACACAUAACUUACCAUUACUUACUUGUUGAACAAAAAAAUUAAAUGAUAUUCAAGUUCAUGGUACUCAAGGCUUUUUUAUUUGUUUGUAGUGCAGGCAGGUUUUCAUUAAAAUAUAAGCAGUAUGGCAUGAAUGAACUAAAUAAGUCUGUAGUAUACAUUGUAUUUUGAUAACUUAGAAAUGCAGUUUUCGUGUAGAAUGCAUACAUAAAUUAUGUCAUCUGAUUAACACUGUGUAGGUGGAAAAGUUUGCGAAUUUCACAAAUUAAAGAAUUUCGCAAAAAUAUUAGCCAGCGGAAAUUUCCAUGUUCAUCAAGACAUGUCAUUAUAACUAAGUAAAGAUAAACAAAUUUAGCCUUUGUACUUCAGUUUUCGGUGAUUUGCAAAUAUUCUGCUGGUAAAAUGUCUUGAAUCGGCAAGUUGCGAACUUUUUUGACCCGCCAGUAUAUCCACUUAUACAGUAUACAAUAGUAAACUUAUAAUUUAUGAUGUUUUGCCCAUACAAGAAUGUCUUCUUUCGCUGUAAGUAAGUGUAGUGCUAAAUUGUGCAAUAUUGUAUUCCUGUACACAAAAAUAUGAGUUUAAAUUUUACAAUAGGUGCUGAAUUAUUUAUUUAUAUUGACAUUUAAUGGUGCUGACCUCGGAGCCAGUCUUACAUGAUAAUUUGAUACUUGUAUAUUGUUCUAGGUUUAUAAGGUAACAAGGACUUUUGUUUGCUUCUGUAUAAGAUCAGAUUUUUUUUUCAUGAAGUGGCCACUAUAGUAUACCAUAGUAUUUUCACAUAUGGUGCUGUGUUACAAAAUAUGAUAAUAGAAAUUUAGAGUUCUACGUUUUUGUGAAAGUAAACAUCAUUUGUGUUCAAAGAUUGGAAGAAUUCUCUCCCUUCUUUUUUCUUUCGCAGUACUAGUGUAUUGUAUUUUAAAAAUUGGCCACAGUAGUGAUGUAAUAUUGUGUUUUCACAGUUGUACUGUACCAUUUGAUUUUAUUCUUAAACUUGAAAUUAUUGGCUUCAGUUAGAAUCCAGUUAACGUGUAUUUAUUUAAUUGCAAAAAUGUCCAUUGUUGAAGCUAGUGUCUUUGGCCAAUUAUUGUAUAAUUCAUUUUAGGAUUUUCAGAGGUUUUCUAUUGUAUUAGGUAUAAUAUGUGUAAACACUUUAAAACAUGUAAGAAUAUCUGCAAAUUCAAUGGAACUUUAUUUAUAUGAAAUAAAAAAAAUGUGUUUAUUCUACAAACGAGCCUCGCCAUGAGAAAACCAACAUAGUGGCUUUGCGACCAGGAUACUUGUGGUUCGCUAACAGUUUCUCUAAUUGCAAUAGGCUUUGAAAGCGAACAGCAUGGAUCCUGACCAGACUGUGCGGAUGCGCAGGCUGGUCUGGAUCCAUGCUGGUCGCAAAUGCACUAUGUUGGUUUUCUCAUGGCGCGGCUCAUAUGAUCAAACAAUCUGUUGCUUGCAAAACAAAAGAUUUUAUAUUUUCACUUGUAGCUACAGCACUUUGAAAAAAGAUUUGAUUCAUGUGUUUGAUUGGUGAAGAUAUUUUUAUCUUGUUUGUGUUCACACCGUGAAAGAGAUUUUUUAUCUUGUACUAAAACAAAUGAACAUGCUCUGUUAAAUUGCAAGGACAUGAGCUUCAAACUGAAUACAUUUGAAUGUGGACUUCCACUUUUGUGAUGUUUUGAUUAACUUAUUUUCAUGUAAAUGAUCGUUUUGAAUAAGGUCAUAUUCGUGUCGCGUAAGCGCUUGUGAUUAGAACAUUUGUUAGGUUUUUUUUGUAGGAAGACAUUGAAUUAUAUUGUUAAAUAAAGCAUUGUUUUCUUUUUUUUGUGAGCAAUUGUACUUGAAAGCAGAUACUGUAUGUUGUUUUUUUCCACAUGCCAUUUGGUAGAAAAUUAUUUCAUCUAGAAGAGGUAAUUUAUAAACUUGUAUACAAAGUCAACAUUAUUUGAAGGUUUAACUUGUGUUAAAAAUGCUUAAAAAUACACAAAGUUCAGGUCAAAAUUCAUAUCAGCCAUAUUAUCAGAACAAGUGGGUAUUCAUUUUUGAAAUUUGAAAAACACAGACUCACUAGAAAUGUCAGAUGAAUUCAAAAGAAAUAAAUGAAAUAAUCUUACGAGACAUUUUAUUUGACUAAAAAGAAAAAUUCUGCAAAUAUUGCUGUACUCAGUCCAGGUUUAAUCCUAUGCUGAAAUUAUGCACCUAAUAGGUGGGCUCGAUUGUAUACCCUGAUUACACCGAUUUGGACUUGUUUCAUUCAAGCUAGCUGUGCAUGCAUGUAUUCAGUACACUUGCGGGAAUAGCUCUAUUGAAACAGUCGUGGCGCAUUUCUGUGUACCGAUCACAUGGUCGGGAUAGCCCAGUAUGGGAUGAAUCAAGCCCACCUAUUACCAUUCUUGGUCCAGGAUUGUUUAUGUUUCACCAAUACUCUUGUAAGAAAUCCUCCCAUUGAUUCCAGUAUUAAAAUUGUGCAUGAUGAA